UUUGACUGAUUUGUCAUUCAUCCAAAGUUUGGUGAUUGUUCAUGUAAUUAAGAACUUUGUUUCCCUCUUCCUCACGGAAAAGGAAACCAGAAGAACUAUUUUUUCGAGAGAGAAGAGGAACCAGAAGAGGGUUUCAGAAAGUUGCAGCCUUUGUCAAUCCCUUCCUUCGGCCCACCAUCGCCUUUACGCCCCUGAUCGAGACGAUAGCGCUGAUUGGUCUCGUUGGUCGCCUCCUCAACUGUGUUCUGGGUUUCCGACUUGACCUAAUUGAGUCGAUCAACUGGAGGGGAAGUAAGAUAUCUGUAACGAGCAACGACAGCUUCUGUUAGGGUUUAGUUUUAGAAGGCCGAGGAAGUCAUUUUGAUUCGAGCUCAAUCUUAUUGUCUCCGUAUUUGCUUCAGCUACCCUGCUGCAAUAGGUAAUCUCCGUUUUCUCGCAUCGCUCUGUUUUUAUUUUUAUUUUUCUGUUGCCGAUUAGAAAGCUGCAUCUGCCCGAGUUUUGAUUUUGUCUUUUCACUCGCUUUGAAUCAGGUGUUGAUUUUUGUUCCCCCCAACUAUGCACGGAGAAGUGGGUUUUGGGGGAUGGAAGCCCAGAGUGAAUCGAUUCCUCUUGCUCUUGCUCAUGGACUCUGAAUUUCUGUUCUUUUGUCUGAACUAGCUCAUUGAUUAGGGGUUUUUAUUGCUCGUUUACUGUUGAAGUUUCGUGCUUUGCUUUUUCUUGCGAAUGCUUUAAUGCUGUUCUUUAGUGGUUUUGAUCAGGGGAAGGGAUGGAGGAUGUUAAGCAUAAGUCCGGGAAGGAAGAGGAUUCCAAAAGGAGCCACCGUGACAAGGAGAGGAAUGGAGAUAAGCACCGCAGCAGCAGGCGAUCAGAGAGGAAGAAGACUAUCGAUUCGGACAGCAAGUAUGAGAGGGAGCAGCGUAGUAAGGAGAAGGAUAGCAGAAGUAAGGAUAAUGGUAAAGAAAGGCAUGGCAGAGAUAGGAAGAGGCAUAGGGAUGGAGAAGAGAAAGACCGAGAUAAGAAUCGUGAUCGGGAGAAGGAGAAGCAUAAGUCCGGGAAGGAAGAGGAUUCCAAAAGGAGUCACCGUGACAAGGAGAGGAAUGGAGAUAAGCACCGCAGCAGCAGCAGGCGAUCGGACAGGGAGAAGAGUGUCGAUUCGGACAGCAAGUAUGAGAGGGAGAAGGAGAAGGAUAGAAAGAAGCGUAGUAAGGAGAAGUAUCGCAGAAGUAAGGAUGAUGUUAAAGAAAGGCAUGGCGGAGAUAGGAAGAGGGAUAGAGAUGGUGAAGAGAAAGACCGAGAUAGGGAUCGUGAUCGGGAGAAGGAGAAGGAGAAGAGGAGAAAGGCGAAGGAACAUCAGAGGGAAGAACGUGAGAAGAAGGAAAGGGACAGAAAGGGGGAGCGGGGCAGGGAAGAAAAAGAAAGGGAUAAGAAGGAUAGAGAGAAAGAAAGGAGGAGAAGGGAGAAGCACAGAGGGUAUAGUAGUAGCGACUAUAGCGAUGAUGAUGAUUCUAAGAUGGUGCAUCGUGAUAAGAAGAGGCGUAAAAGAGAGUCAGAAGACCACAAGGAGAGAACACGAGAAGUUAGCAAGUCGAGCAAGCACAAGGAUGACGGUGAUGGUGGUGGGAGCUCACCACUGAGGAAGGUUGCUGCUGUGGCUGUUGAUGUUCAGGAAGUUAAGGAAAGUGGUAAAACUCGAGAGGAGGAAUUAGAGGAUGAGCGAAAGAGUUUGGAUGAUGAGGUGGAAAAACGGAGGAGAAGAGUUCAAGAGUGGCAAGAACUGAAGAGGAAGAAGGAAGAAUCCGAGCUUCAAAAGCUUGGGGAAUCGGGUCCGACAGAUGAGCUGAAAGCAGGUAAAACCUGGACCCUUGAAGGUGAAUCUGAUGAUGAAGAUGCCAUGGGGAAAGCAGAUAACGAAAUGGAUGUGGAUGAUAAUUUGAAACCUGAUGGAGAAACCAAAGUUGCAAUGGCUGUAGAUGCUCAUGAAGAAGAUGAUUCAGCAGCAACAGAAGCCCCUCAAGCUGAGGAGGAUGAAGAUAUUGACCCUCUGGAUGCCUUCAUGAACAACAUGGUUUUACCUGAAGUGGAGAAGCUCAAUAGUGCAGCUGUUAGUGACAGCGAUGGAGUUGAUCUCGGCAAGAAAGACGUUAAGACGGAAGCAAAGAGAAACAGAGAGCAGCAGUCAAAGAAGGGGUCAAACAAAUCACUAGGAAGAAUCAUUCAAGGUGAGGAUUCCGACUCUGAUUAUGGGGACAUUGAUAACGAUGAGAAAGCUUCUGAAGAUGAAGACCAUGAAGAGUCCAUGAAGAGGGUAAAGAAGACAAAAGCUGAAAAGUUAUCCCUUGUCGACCACUCCAAAAUUGAUUACAAGCCAUUCAGGAAAAAUUUCUACAUUGAGGUGAAGGAGAUCACAAGAAUGACUCUAGAAGAGGUUUCUGCUCACAGGAAAGAGUUGGAACUCAAGAUACAUGGCAAAGACGUGCCUAAACCGAUCAAAACAUGGCACCAAACUGGUCUCACCACCAAAAUCAUGGACACUAUCAGGAAACUCAACUUCGAGGAGCCAAUGUCGAUUCAAGCUCAGGCACUUCCGGUGAUCAUGAGUGGACGGGACUGCAUAGGCAUUGCCAAGACUGGUUCAGGCAAAACCCUAGCUAUCGUCCUUCCUAUGCUGAGACAUAUUAAAGAUCAGCCGCCCGUGGAAGCUGGAGAUGGUCCUGUCGGGAUGAUAAUAGCACCCACAAGAGAGCUCGUGCAGCAGAUUCACAGUGAUAUCAUAAAGUUUACAAAACCUCUCGGGUUAAGAUGCGUGCCAGUGUACGGAGGUUCAGGUGUUGCACAGCAAAUCAGCGAGUUGAAGCGUGGGACAGAGAUUGUCGUCUGCACGCCAGGCCGGAUGAUCGACAUACUCUGCACUAGCGGUGGGAAGAUCACAAAUCUCCGAAGGGUGACGUAUUUAGUCAUGGAUGAAGCUGACCGAAUGUUCGACAUGGGAUUCGAACCUCAGAUCACGAGAAUUGUUCAGAACAUUCGCCCCGAUCGGCAAACUGUUCUCUUCUCUGCCACUUUUCCAAGGCAGGUUGAGAUCUUGGCUCGGAAGGUUCUGAACAAACCGGUCGAGAUACAAGUUGGCGGGAGGAGCGUGGUGAACAAGGACAUUACCCAGCUUGCCGAGAUUCGACCAGAAAAUGAACGGAUCUUCAGACUGCUGGAACUUCUUGGGGAAUGGUAUGACAAGGGGAAGAUACUAGUGUUCGUCCAAUCACAGGAUAAGUGCGACAUGCUAUACAAGGAAAUGAUGAACGUGUAUCGAUACCCUUGUCUUUCGCUUCACGGAGCUAAAGACCAGACAGACAGAGAAUCAACAAUCUCCGACUUCAAGAACAACGUCUGCAAUUUGUUAGACGAUCUGAAAGCUCUUGCAGAUGGUUUCAUGGCGAAGGUGAAUCAAGGGCUCGAGCAGGCGCAUGGAACUGGUUAUGGCGGGAGUGGGUUCAAGUUCAAUGAAGAGGAAGAUGAGAAGAGGAUGGCUGCUAAGAAAGCACAGGUGAAGGAGUACGGGUUCGAGGAAGACAAGUCGGAUUCCGAAGAUGAGGAUGAGGGGAUACGAAAGACGGGGAAUAACGAUCUCGGCCAGCUUCAAGCUGCUCGUGCUCAGCAGAUGGCUGCACUUGCAGUUGCUUCCGUCCCACCACCUGCCCAGCUGCUAUCCGCUGGCGGUGUUCCUGCUGCAGCAGCAGAUGGGAUGGCGAGAGCACAAGCAUUGGCUGCUGCCAGGAACUUGCAGCACAACCUGUUGGAGCUGCAAGCCGAUGCACUGCCCGAGCAUUACGAGGCUGAGCUGGAGAUCAACGAUUUCCCGCAGAAUGCUCGAUGGAAGGUGACCCACAAGGAGACGCUGGGACCGAUUUCGGAGUGGACCGGAGCUGCAAUCACCACCAGGGGGCAGUACUUUGGACAGGGGCGGGUACCUGGUCCGGGAGAGAGGAAGCUGUACUUGUUCAUCGAAGGGCCCAACGAGGUGUCUGUGAAGCGAGCCAAGGAGGAAUUGAAAUGCGUCCUCGAAGAGAUCACCAGCAAGGGGUUCUCUGUCCCUGGUGGCGCUCAAACUGGCAGAUACUCCGUUGUCUGAAGCAUCUGUCACGCUCUCGGAGAUCGCUUAUGCAAUGUUGCAGUGAUUACAGACACAUUAUUUUUCAGUUGGGAAUCUUAUAUUUUGAUCUCUGAACGCUUUGAUUUUCUCAUUGCAGGUCCAUGCCUUGAGAGCCAUCUGCAGAAUGCUAUAAAUUAGCUGUCCGCCAUUGGUUAGUCGAUCCGAGUCCCCGAUUUUUGCAGCAGUUCAUUCUUCCUUCCCUCUUCUAAUUUUGUAAUGGUGGUCUAGGGUUUAAGGUUGGCCCAAAUCUUUGUUUGUGCUAUGCUCAACCAUUCAUACCAAGUUGUUCGAGAUUGCUAUUCGUCGCUCUUGUACCUGUUAGUCUGUUACGUUCUUUAUCUCGUGGCAAGUCGUCUACUGUUUCGUGUGAUUAUAUAAAUCAUGACACCCAUUUGUUUAGAGCAUUCUAGCAUGAUCUACCGAUUGUUUAACGGCUAGUAGGCUGUCGGAAUGAUCUCAUACUCUCGGCGGCAGAGAGUAAAAUAUGAACAAGAAGCCGACCAUGAGCUGGAACAAUAGCUAGAACGGUUUACCAUUGAAAUUGAUUAGUGCAUAACGGACGAGAAUGAUGAGGUGGUACAUUACAUAACGUAUAUAUAGUAUUAGUCUUACGCAAGUGAGCCGUUGAGAUGUCUAAUUGAGUUUGAACAACCUGAUGAUAUAAAGUAUUAGUGGGUAAGUAAGUAGUGUUUUCUAUUUGGAUGUAUUCGCCAAUGUUUUGAUUUAGUUCUGGUGCUGCGAAAUUUAGAUUGAGACGUCUCAUGUUUGAAUCUUGAUAACAUCUACGAAAGAGGGAGCAAAGUGAGUUUGUCUUCGAAUUUUUUGUUUGUUGAUUGAGAUCGAUGUCUCGUAUGAUGGAUGAAGUUAAUGUAAACUUUCAUAUUGGUGGUGAGCUCACUUCAUAUGAAGGGGAAGCAAGUAAAUUUUUUGGUCAAAUGACCAUGUAACAAAAAAAGUAUAUGGUCAAAUUUAAGCAAAUGCUAAGUGGUAAGCCGGUAACCUAGCAUUUAUGUGUGCAUCUAGUGUGUUCUUUGCUUGGUGAUACUAUACUAUUUAGUGUAAGAUUAAUAUUCAUAAUUAACUUUCUCUCAACGUUCGAGUUAUUGAGAUCAUACAGUUUAUAACAUGAUAUCAAAAUUCAAUUUGGGGAAGUGGUUGUGUGUUUGAAUUUUCCAUGUCCUUCGAUAUUAAGUUAUCAACAGUUGAUUAAAGCACAAAAUACGUGGACCCAUGCAUGAUUUCACUUUCGUUUAAAGUAUGUGACUUGACUAACGUCUUAAGUAGGCAUGUUAGAGAUAGAGAGUAAUAUGAAAUCUAUAACUAAUCUGUUUUUCCCCCAACAACAAGUUGAAUUAUUCGAAGCAAAUGGUUUAUAAUCCUAAUCAUACUGGUUAAACCACACAUCGGUAUGUCAUGCAAUGAAACGUUAAUCUCACCGGUUUGAUGUUACAUAUCUCUAUCGUAACCGUUCUUUUGGUUCCAAUUAUAUAUAGGAUUAGUUGUGGAGUGGAGAUAACAGAACCAUAUAGAUGUAUUCAUUGGGAGAUUAGAUGCAAAUUAUUGGCAACUUUGAAGAUGACAAGAUUAGAUUUGAAAUGGGGUACAAUUAAUAAUCUCUAUUUGACUAAUUAAUCACCUUUUUUAUAUGAGCUAAAUAAUAUCUUGUGCUUGCUAUCACGCAUCAUAUUGGCCAGAGUGGUUCACCAGCUUUUUUUUUCUUGAUCUGCCCAUGUGGCCUUCCCUUUGCAUGCCAAUGCCAUGUAUGUAUAUUUGUCAACGAUAAUUUUAUUUAAUGGGUAAAACUAAUAAAUAAAAUUUAACCCUUAAUCGAUCGACUUGACUCCUUAUUCUUUUGGGUUUUGUUGAGACUUGACUCUUGGGAAGAGUAAAAAGAGAAUAUAGGUACUUGGGAUUGAUUAUAUGGAUUUUGGUUAAUGCUAAUUGUGUAAUGAAUGAAGGAUAAAUAUGAAAAAUGGAUAAGAUUGAACAGCUCGGUUUACGAUGUGUUGUUAGAUCUUGAAAUGCAGUCACAAAUCGGCAUGUGCGGCCAGCGGCGUAGCCAGGAAUUUUGCUAAGGUGGGUCCAACGCUACAAAGCAAAUUAUUCAUAACUUAUAUUAAUGUUUUGUAAUGACACACAACGAUGUUUUCAUAUUGUGAAAAAAAUAUGUUAAAUACAUUAAUCAUCCAGACUAUUAAACACGUCUCUCUCAACCAACCAAAGAAUCAUUAUGAUUUCAUCAUCCAUCCAAUUCCGAAGCGUGUUCUUCACGAAGUUCAUUGUAGAAAAGGCGUUUCAACACUUGCAGUAACAACAGGUAGCAAUGAUGUCAAUUUUAGAAGUCGAUACACCAAUGGAAACCGUAGAUUUUUUUUAAAACUGUUUCCCUAAAUUGGUACGACAAAGACUUGGACGAAAGGGUGGUGAGUGAGAGUUUCUGGCGGCCUUUGAUUGGAGAUAAAAAUUCGAUAUGUGAUAUAUAUGUUUUUCGAUGAUUUCAAUUAGGAAUUGGAAAACUAAAAAAUAAAUAAUUUGUUGUGUAUCCUAACUCACGUUUACUAGGUUAAUAGAAUCCAAAUUAAUAUGAUACCAAAGAAACUUGCACGGCUUAACGGAGGAAUCGUUGUCCUCUAACAAAGGAGUGCAGGGUGCGAAUGUGUGAUACUUGGCUGCAGCAGUGUAUGUGAUGGCAAUAGGGCGGGGCAGGAAACUCACUUCCCAUGCCCGCCCCACGCUACUACGGGGCGGGGCGGGUCGACCCACUGUUACAUGUUGUUCAAAAAAAAUACAAGUAAAUUUUACUUUUUACAAUAAAACGUAGGGAAAAAUACUUUAAGAAUGAAAAAUAUUGAUAAUAGAAUGGAUAAUUGAGCCGAAUAAGUUGAAAGAUCGACUCUAACUAGUUGAAGAAAAGUCAAAAUAGAAGAAAUAUGUAUAGAUAUUGUAAGAAAUUGAGAUAAAAUGAGUCUAGAACGGGGCGGGGCGGGGCAGGACGGGUCGGAAGUAGAUACCCAUGCCCCGCCCCACGCUACUGCGGGUAGGGUAAUACUCGCCCCAUCGCGGAUCAGGUCGGGUAAUACCCGCGGGGCGGGUUGAAAUUGUCAUCACUAAUCCGAGAUCCACCAAUAUAUUGGCCGGCUCCGCCACUGUGUGCGGCAUAAACUCAUGCACAAACUUCGUAUUUUGUAUGUGGAUUAUUAUUAUUAUUAUUUAUGUUUGCACGGCAUAUCAAGUGUCAAAAUCUAUGGUUAAAUGUUAAAUUUGUAUGCGUGUAAUUGUUUGAAAUUCUGUGGAAGUCGUUUAGUUAUACAUGAAGGGGUAAGGAUGAAGUUACAUCUCAGUUAAAAAAGGAGUAAGUUCAGUCAAUAUCAAAGAGACAAUUGAGGUGUCAUGGCCUCAUGUGAAGGAAAAUUAGUUUAGUUCCCUAAUGAUUUACAGCUCAAUGGUUGAAUCAUUAAAUAGUGUAGUUUUAUUUCUAUCCAACGUGUACCUUUUCAUGUCCAACGGUUAGCUUUACACUUGAUAUCCCUUUGAAUUGAACAUCUUAGGUGUGUGAAUUAAUUAAUGAUAGCCCCAUUUAAGUAAAAUUAGUUGAUUGUUGGAAGCAAAUGAGGUUAUGAUUCGUUGGAAAUACUUGUAUUCUUCAAAUUAAUGUAUUCGAGCAUAUAAUGAUCAUUUUCGAAAGUGUAUAUUAUCGUGCUUCUGUUGUAAUUUUGUGAUUCGUCUGCUCAUAUUUUAUGCAUUGAUUCCUUAUUUAUGUGUUUUCUUAUUCGUAAUUAAGAUGGGUUGUCAAAAUACGUAGUAAUCAUAUACGAACCAAAUGAUGUAUUUUACAAUCUCUCACUUACAAAUAACCCAACUUCUUAAACUUUGAUCCACAGCAUAUUCUGAUCUCAAAUCUCACAUUCCGAUCGAUCAUCAACUGGUAGCAUUAUUUUCUCUGCCUGCUACCUGCCCCCACGAUUAUACAUAUUUUUCUAGUUAAUUGGCAUGAUUUGAGCAUGAGCCACGUGGAUGUGAAGAAGAAGAACCACGAAACCAUAAAAUCAAAUUUUAAAGUAUUAUUAUGGGAUUUUUUUUCUUUAAUCUUCCCUAAUUUUGGCUGUUUGGUUGUCGCCAUCGACUAGAGGAAAAUGAAGCUGGAAAUUGGUAUCCAAGAGGAACAUUCGAGUCACACCACUGAUCACACUACACUCCUUUGAAAAGUAGUAUGAGAAUUUAACAAGCCGGUUAAAUCAAUCAUGCCAACAUAAUUUUGAAUUCAUUAUUCUCUUCAAUCAUUAUGGGUUGGACUCGUUUAUAUAUCUCUACAUUUGUUACGGAACAGGAAAUCGACAAUGUAUGACAGUAAAGUACACACAAAGUUACAUGAUUUACUGACACGAUGUGUGUUAACUUGUUUACGGGAAGGAGAGAUCAGUUUAACUAUAAUUGGAAAAGAUACAUAUGAUGAGUUGAGAAGACAUACAUAAAGCAACUUCUCCAAAUAUGCCGAGUCUCUAAUCCAAUAUGAAAAGAAAAGGUUACAAAACAA